AUGAAAAAUCUCAUUGUUUCUGCUUAUAAAAUCUACCUCAAAACAGCAGGAAAGCUUAUCCGCGAAGACUUUACGCGAAUUUACGAUUUUUUCACUCCGAUUCUUUCAAAACCAUGUCUCACCAUUCUCAAAAUCAUUGGAAGCUUGUUCAUUUUUGCACAGAUUGUGCUUCUCAUCAUUUUUGUUUUGUUCGUCGUGCGAUAUAUUAUUGGAAAGAUGGGAUAUCCGGUCAGAAGGACCAUGCACCAAAUCUACACAUUCUUGCUGGCAGUGUCAGUUAUUCAAAUCUUCAUCUGCCAAUAUAUUAUUAUCAUUCCGCUUCAAUUCGUUGUUCUCAUGGUUUUCGUUGCAGCAGUCGGCAUGUUCAUUCUGGAUCCAGAGUAA